UGUCCAGUUAUGUAUCGUGGGUGGGUAAGACAUGCUGUAUAGAGACUGCUGCACAGAUUUUGGGCUACACUGUAGUCAAGUUAAAUAGCAGUAAUGAUAUAAGCAUUGAAGAAUCACAGCUUCUGAUAUAUAUAAGUGGUAGUCCAAGCUUUGAUACUGAACAAAAUAAUUCAAGUGCAAAUGAUGUUAAGAAUGCUACUAAGAAAAAUGCCAUGGAUCAAGAGGCAUCCAAGGAGUUUGAUUCCCAAGAAGCCUCUAGAAAAGCAUCUAAACAGAGUGUAAGCAAAGAAAUUUUAGCUGUUAAGUCUAAAAAUCAGUUGUCUUUCAAAACAGUGUCCAAACUUGGAACUUUGCGAGGGAAAGUUCAGAACAGAAGAAAAAGUAAGGAAGUUAAGAAAUCCAAUGUAGACCUGAAACAAAAGACAGUGGAAGGUCAAGUUAAAAAACACUGUGGAAAAUUAACCAAUGAAAAUCAGCCCAACCUUAGUGUUGGGGAAAACAUUUUAGCUUGCAAAACCUUUGGGAAGGACACUGUAAACAAUGAACCUGAGCAAGCUGAUUACAGCACAUUGGAGCUCAAAGAGUGCUAUUUAUUGAAACAGGUACGUUUAGCCAUACUUUUGGCUGGUCUUCAGGGAGAUAAGAUUGUUCUUAUAGUUCCAACAAGUGUGUUAAAGCAUCAAGGGAAGUGGCUGAAUUUGCUGGAAGGAUUGGUACAACAUGGAGAUUGUCAGUGGGUGUGGAAUGAGCAGGACAUGGAAAGCAUUGUGGUAAACAUCCGAAGAACGUUUUGGAAUGGAGACAGGGUUGACCAUCUCACAUGCUAUGAGAUGUUCACUGAACGUGUAAAAAAAAAUCUGCAUGUAAUCAUGUGCUACACUGGGAGAAACCAGGAUCAGAUGGAUUUGAUCAAGAGGCUGGGACCUAUAUUUACUCAGAUCUCAUACUUUGAACACUUUCUGCCAUGGAACAAAGACAGUUGGACUAAAUUAGCAUUACAUUAUGUGAGAAAUAUUAGUUCUCUUUCACUGUCAGACUCACUUUGUGAGUCUGUAGCUGCAAUUCUGGCUGAACUUCACCUAGCAGCUCUGGAAAUUCAGCAGGGUUGUGAUCAUUACCGGGUGAUUCAUCCAUCAUGGAUUCAGUGGAUGGUGCACUGGUACUCCUUGUUGUACAAAGAGAUUGUUGAAGCUGAAACAGCAAAAAUAGAGAAAGCACAGCAAGGUCUGAGGAAAAUUAAAGAACUCCAGCAAGUUGCCCAUGAUUACAGGGUGAGAAUAGUAAAGUUAGAAAGAGAUCUACGAGAGGAAGAAGAGCACUGUCAACAAGCACAAGAGGAAUUGCAACAAUGUAGUUUAGAAUAUGCAGUGGUGGAAGACAAGUGUACCAAGCUAGAAGCAGAGCUAACUUCCCUUGACCAGAAGAUGCAAGAUGAGACCAACAAAAUUCAAUCCCGACUUCAGGAGGCUAGUCCUACCUACUGGGGAGCCAUUGAACAACUGUUAGCCUUAGCACCAUCCAGACUAGAUGAAAUUAAAAGUUACAGAAUCCCUCCACCUGCUGUGGCUCGUGUGGUAGAAGCUUUGUGUUUACUCUUUGGCCGUCCUCAGAGAUGGGAAAGUGGAAGACACCUCUUAGUUUCAGACAAUUUUACCUCCAAGCUUGAGUACUUUGAUGUGGAAUCAAUAUCUGAGAGUACCUUCAACCAGCUCAAAAAUUACAUCAGUGACCCCAAUUUUACUCCCUCUGUAAUAGCAGCUGCCAGUGAACCUGCUGCUUCUUUAUGCACUUGGAUUCAUGCUGUUUACACUUACCUUACUGUAAAGCAAACUCUAAGACCCCUCUAUACAAACAAAGCUAAGGUACAGAGGGAUAUAAAUAUUCUAAAAGAAGAACUAACCAAGGAGCGAGCUACUUGUGAGGCACUUGAAAAUGAGCUGAACACUAAGAAACAAAAUUUACAAACAGCAGAAGCUUCAAGAAAUAAAGUUAGUGAACAGAUAGCUACUCAGGAAAAGCACUUAGCCCUGAUUUGUAAAGUAAUCCAAGAGAUGAACUGGGUUAUUGGACAAUGGGAACGUGCAGUCAGUCAAGGGAAACACUGGAUUCACACAGCUCAUGGUGAUGCCCUGUUGACUGCCUCAGUGUUAACAUACAUGGGGUCACUUGGAGACAGCAAAAAGUCUGAUCUCUAUAUACGCUGUAGAUCAAUUCUCGGCUGUACUGAACAAAGCAUGACAGAAGACGUUCAACAACACUCAAUGCAACAGAUUUUAAAGUACCAGUUACCUUCUUAUUAUCCUAUCACUUAUGAUGAUCACACAGAAUUGGUAGAAGAGGAAGAAUGUGUUGUUACUAGAAGUGAUUUCAGUCCUUACCUUUUCAUCCUUCAAAGGAAAGUGCAGGGACUCCCAGCUGAUCCACAAACCCUUGAAAAAUUUGCAAUUUUAAAAAAACAUAUAAUUAGUAAAUAUUUUGCUUGUUUAUUGAUACAUGAUCCAGAAGAUAUAGCAGUGAAGUGGAUUGAAAUGAUCCUGGAAUAUGAUUUAAGCGAUCAGAAGACAUCUAAUACCAAGCUGACUUCAGAUGCUCCAAAAGUAUUUGAAUACAAAAAAAAUAAAGAACCAGAUAGCAUACUUGUACUGUAUGGUGAAGAUUCUGAACUGGAAUACAAGUUGAAAUCAGCAGAUUCUACAAACAUUCCAUUGAUGGUAAAAGAUUUUGAUCUUUGUCCUGGAUUGCCAUCAUGGUUAUUAGCCAGAACUAAAGAAUUCCAAAGCUCCUCUGAAAAGUUACCAGUGUUUCUUGUCUCAGGGCUUCCCCUCUAUGAAUUAGUUAAAAGGUCUUUUCUGUUGGAGAAAAUGCCACUUCUUGACCUAUCUUUGACACAUGAAGGCUUAGUUGCGAGCAUAACUCAAGAAAUUGUGGCUCUUGAGAAACCAAGACUUUUAUCUAUGGAAAGAGCAUUUUAUCGUGAUGACCUCUGCCACAGACAAAACUUAGAGAUGCUUCAAACUCAGUUGUGGCAGGAGCUGAUGGAAAAAGGCAAAAAUUUAGUUGAGCUGGAAAGUGGCAAAACUAUUGUAAGUAACAGUCGAGAAGCAGCAGAAAACUCCGCAAGACUGCUGGAUGAAACAAGUGCAUUGUUCCAGAAACUUGAUCAGGAUAAGGCACCUUUUGUGGCAGUUAGCAGUUGCAUAGCUGUGAUGUACAAAGUUUUAGAAGAGACUCCAUUAACUAGAGGACUUCCAUUUUCUAAGAUAAUUUCAGUGUUGCUGGAAAACAGCAAACAAAAGUUUGAAAAUGGAAGUGAAGUUAAUGAUAUUAGCCGAAGCCAGAUGCUGAAAGACAACUUCCUUCAAUCCUUCUUGAGUUAUCUAGCAUCCUUUUUGCCCAGUUCUCAGUUGGAAAAUUAUCUGUACCAAGUUGCCAUUGAACUAGCAAGAAGAAAGGGAACACUGAAUGAGUCAGAGAUAAGAUUUCUUGAGAAUGGAGUAUUCGAAAAUACAAAAAUAAGUUGUGGAGUCGGACCCGAUUGGAUAUCCUCUCAGCUGUGGAAAAGUCUGUGUUUCCUGGAAAGAACCAUAGAUGUCUUCGAAGGACUACAAGCAUCAUUUACUUCACAUUCACAGUUAUGGUUAGAAUACAUGGAAAGCCCAUUUUCUCUUUUUUUACCAGUACCUUCUCUUGACAAUAACAGAGAACUAACACCCUUUCAUCAUUGUAUCAUAAGAUUGGCCCUAAACCCCCAGGAGAGUCAUGUUGUUAAAUGGCAGUUGAUUCGGUACACUCUUGGACCACUAAUGAUGCAGUUUGAGAAUACCCCCUCGCAAGAGAAACUACAACUGAUAAUAGCUUCAGCCUAUAGCAACUCAACAAAGUCAACUCCCUUCAUGUGCUUCACUGACCAACAGUUUGUAAUUGCAUUCCCAGAAGCCACUGACAGUUUUGAUUCUACACAUCCAGCUUACCCCAUUUUCACACUUGCUGCUCAGUUAAAUAUGAAGCAUAAGGUCAGAGUAUAUGUCUGUGAUAACACAGAAACAGCCAGCAAAACUCUAGUCAGCGUCCUUUUGCAUUCCAUUCAACAGGGUGAGUGGCUAGUCGUUCUUUGGCCAGAAUCUGGAUUUAUGUGGACUCCAAAACUAGUUUGGACUCUUAGAAACAUCCUGGAUGAUAAAGCACCUAGGUGUCAUAGUGAUUUCAGACUCUGGAUAGUCUUGAACAUUACAAACUGUUGCUAUUUGCCAAGGAUUAUAAUUGAAAAAAGCAUCAAGUUCAAAUUGAUAUGAUUCCCUACACCAAGUUGAAAGAUGUCUGCUUUCCAAGUAAGAAUAAUGGAAUAUCACACUACAUAUUGAAAAGAAAAGUCCACAUGGCAAGUAAAAAAUAAAAUAAUGUUUUACUACAAGUUAAAAAGUACAUUUAGACAGUGUUUGUAAUAUAUUAAAUGAUGGAAUCAAAUAUCUUUUAUGAAAAAGGGAGAAAUAUGUGUGUUAUGUUUUGAAUAGAAAGACAAUGCAUUUUGGUCUCCUUGUCUUUGUGUUAUGUUGUAACACUACCUCAACAAUAUGGCAGAUUCUAUGACAGUAUUUUUUUACAUGAGCUUCCUUUUUGUUGCUUUGAUCUGAUGGGUGUACUAACUAAAGAUGCUGUUUAAGCAUAAAAUUUUUAAAGUGUAUUUAGAUAAGUAUUAAAGCUAAUUUAUAAAUAUCACUGAUUGGAAACUGUUUCUGAAAUAUUUUAAGAGAGAAAAAUUUUAAAACUUUUGUAAAUGGAUAGUUGUUAUAAUGGCAAGGAACAUAAUGAUUUGUAAGGUUGCAUAUGGUGAUAAUACUAGUGAACUUUAAGAAAAAAUGUCUUUUGUAAAAUUGUGAUAGUUUCUAGAAUUGCUUUAUAAUUUAAAGUUGGUUGAUGAAAGCAUAGCAGAGUAAAUUAUCUUUAGAGCUGAUAGAGAUUAAAAACUUUAUGUAGAUAACUUGAAAUUUUUUAGACUUAUAGUUCUAUUAGCAUUGUUAGUAUGAAAACAUUUAAUGGGAAUUUAAAAAAUAAAAGUAGGUCAACAAUUAAUGUGACCUCGUUCAGUUUUUAACUUUUUUUAUAUUAAUUAUACUAAUCUUAACAACAAGUAUUAAAUAAUCAGUAUUAAUAUGAGAUCCCUACUACUAUAACAAGCAACUUAUGCAAUAUUUCAUUACCUUUCCUACUUAUGUAUUAUGUUUUGUUAAUUAAUUUGUUGUUAUAAUGGUUUUGUAAUGAAUGAGAUUAUUCAUUUAGUGGAAAUAACAUGCCAUUCAACCAGUAGCUUCUCUGCAAGUCCUGUGAUUGGUUAAAACAAGUAAUUUUGUAGUUCCCCAAUCUUUUCAUAUGAGGUGUUUACUUUAUAAAAGUUCAUGAGAAAUUUCUAGAAAAACAUGAAAGCGUAACAUACACAUUUGCAAGCUUUGUAUCUGUGUUAGUGAGUGAAUAGAUAAUCACAUCUUGCAAACCAUGAACUGUUGUAAAGCCUUUACCCACUUACAAAAUCAUGACCAAAUCAAAACCCCUUGCAUUUUUUCCUUAAGUAACAAAAAUAUUUUAUAACCUAUUAGAGAACUGUCUUAGUAAAAGUACUUAACCUUUUAAUCUUUUAUGACAAACUUGAACCAAUUUUAGUUAUUACUGAAACUUAAACAAGAGCAUGAAUCUAUUAUUGUUGUUUUAUUGUAUUUCUAAGCUUUUGGGUGAAAGUUAUACCAGUAUUCAAAUAAAUCUCAACAACUUCAGUUAAUCAUAUUAAAUGUGGCCACAUUAAGUACUGAGUUUUGCUUUUA